AUGGAAUUAGGACCGGACAGGCCAAAGUUCGAGAAGAAAGAUGGACAGAAUGAUCUACGGAAUUACGAUGAAACCACUAUGGCAAAGGCAGAUACUUCAGGUCAGGCGAAAUCGUUGCCAGCGACAACCGAUCAUUGUCUCUCGGCGAAUACACAGAAAUUUCGGGACGAUGGAGGCAGAGACAAACUAGUAGCUCAGACUACUUCAGCGGUAGCUUUCCACGAUCCAUAUGAAGUGAUAAAUGAAGAUGAAAUAAGACAAGGCGCGGCAGACUCAACGACUCCUUUACUGGAGACCGACGAUGAAGAUCCAAGCGAUAACUCGGCCUAUCCUCAAGUUCGAGCAUCUGUAUCCGCCACUGAUAAUACAACUCUCUCAAUUAACACACCUCGCAUGUGGGUUCUGUCACUUCUUUUCGCAAUUCUAGGCUCCUCAACGAAUCUAUUUUUCUCCCUCCGCUACCCCAGCGUCUAUAUUACUCCAGUCAUCGCGCUACUACUUGCACAUCCGCUCGGGCUUCUAUGGGAUCGAAUAUGGAAAUGUCGCGAUGACCCCGAAGACUUGUUUGUCGCAGGCUCGAGGGUCAGUGGAGAAAGACACGAGGGCCUAUGGCGAAGAUGGAGAUUGUGGAUGGGACAAGGAAAAUGGAACGAAAAGGAGCAUAGUUGCGUCUACGUCAGCAGUAAUGUUUCAUUCGGGUUCGCAUUUGCGACUGACAUUAUUGUGGAACAGACGCACUUCUAUAAUCAGCAAGUCAGUAUCACAUACCAACUUCUUCUAACUCUCUCCACCCAAAUUCUAGGCUAUACAUUUGCUGGAAUGACGAGAAGAUUUCUAGUUCGACCCGGUGGGAUGAUUUGGCCCGGGACUCUAAUGAGUGCGGCCAUGUUCAGUACACUACACAAAGAACAAAACAGCAUUGCCAAUGGCUGGAAGAUAACGAGAUGGAGAUUUUUCUUCAUUGUGUGGGCGUGCUCAUUCCUCUUCUACUUUCUUCCAGGCCUUUUUUUUCCAGCCCUAAGUUAUUUCAGUGUCAUAACCUGGAUCUGGCCCAAGAGUGUUGUCGUUGCAAACUUAUUUGGGGUCGUCUCUGGACUUGGAUUGUUUCCGGUAACAUUCGAUUGGGCUCAGAUUGCAUACAUUGGAUCACCACUUCUUACCCCUUUCUGGGCUGCUAUGAAUGUUGUUGGAGGACUUGUAAUUGUCAUGUGGAUUAUCGCACCCAUUGCAUACUAUAAUAACGUCUAUUAUUCAUCAUAUAUGCCUAUACUCUCAUCAUCGGUUUUUGAUAAUACAGGAAAAAUUUAUAACGUCAGUAGAAUAUUGACCCCUGACUUUAUCUUCGAUAAGGAAUCAUAUCAGCAAUAUAGCCCGGUAUAUCUCCCAAUAACAUAUGUUCUAAGCUAUGGACUACAAUUUGCCGCACUUGCGUCUCUUAUUACACACACAGCUUGUUGGCAUGGGAAAGACAUAUGGAAGCAGUGGAGUCGAUCCCUGAACGAGGCGAAAAGACAAGGAAAACCCUCAUAUAGACAAGUACCUACUCAGAAUACUGUAAAUUCUGGGCAAAGAAGAUCAAGUUUUAAUACUGAAGAUUUAAUUUCGCAAGAAGAUGUCCACAAUCGAUUGAUGAGUCGAUAUGAAGACGCACCAAUGACAUGGUAUCUAUUUAUUUUCAUUUCUAUGGUCGUAGUUGGUAUAUUUGUGUGUGAAUAUUAUCCUGUUCAUCUACCGUGGUAUGGUCUGUUACUUGCAUUGGGGAUCUGCGGCACUCUCUUCAUACCUAUAGGUAUAGUUAUGGCCAUUACAAACCAACAAUCUUCCAUAUACCUUAUCUGUCAACUUGUAUGCGGAGCACUAUUUCCUGGUAGGCCAGUAGCUAACAUGUUAUUCGUAACAUAUGGGUAUAUUUCUUCAGCCCAAGGGAUCAAGUUUAGUGCUGAUCUCAAGCUCGGACACUACAUGAAGAUCCCACCGCGGAUUUUAUUCAAUGUUCAAAUAGUUGCUACGAUAGUUGCUUCUUUAAGCCAGAUCUUUGUCCUCAACUGGAUGUUUGCUAAUGUCCCAAACAUAUGUAGGCCUGAUGCAUCUAAUGGGUUUAUUUGUCCCCUUGCUCGCGUUCACUUUAACGGAUCAAUACUAUGGGGUGCUAUCGGGCCCCAAAAAUUCUUUGGCCCCUACGCCACAUAUGCUAGUCUCGUUUGGUGCUUUCCCAUCGGUGCUAUAGCGCCCAUACUCCUCUGGCUUUAUGCUCGGCGACGGAAAAGUUCUCUCGUCAGAAAAAUCAAUCUUCCAGUUGUCUUUGGAAGCCUGAGCUGGAUUCCGCCUGCGACAGGCCUCAACUUUUCUGUGUGGGCGCUUGUGUGCUAUGUCUUUAACCAUCUUAUCAAACGGCGUGCUGGGCCCUGGUGGGCUAAGUACACUAUGACCCUUUCCGCAGCGUUGGACUCAGGCCUCGCCUUCGGCGUCGUUGUCGUCUUUUUUGGCUUCGUUUUCCCUGGUAUGAUGGAUAACUGGAGUUGGUGGGGCACUGAAAUCUAUAAGAGAGGCUGUGACUGGGCUGCCUGCUCCUACCGAUCCGUACCGGAAGGCGACCACUUCGGACCUCUUUUCCCAACGUAA